CUGAACAGCAAAAAGAUGACGUCCACGUCUGCUCUUCACGUCAUCGAUCAAAUCAGCGAACAGCUCGUGUGCGCAAUCUGCUUGGAACGAUUCAGUACACCACGUGUACUAACCUGCAUGCAUACAUUCUGCACCGACUGCUUGCAUCGUAUUGCCAACAACGACUGUUCAAAGAGCAUUACGUGUCCUACAUGCCGUUUGGAGACGCCGAUACCCGAAGAAGGAGUCAAAGGAAUCAGAGUGAAUUUCUUUGUAAAUCAAAUGCUUGAGCUGGUCAAACUGAAGUCCAUUGAAAUCCAGAAAGAAAUACGCGAGGCGAGGAAAUGUGAAAAUUGUGAAGAUAGCGAGACGGGAGCUUUUGCGACAUCAAGAUGCGUCGAUUGCGGAAAAGACUUAUGUACGUCRUGCGUGGCAGACCACAAGCGUUCGCACGACACGCUAGAUCAUCGACUUAUCUCGACAACAGAAGGCGAAGAUGGCGACGACCAACAACUUGACCGCUACAGCUUGUCCUUCUGCAGAUACCACACUAGAAACGUCAUAAAGUAUUUCUGCAUCACGUGUGACGAGGCCAUAUGCCGAGUGUGUACUAUACUAGAGCAUCGAGAACAUCAGUACGUGUACCCAAAGGAAGCGCUUCCGUUGAGACGCAAUGAUAUUAAUGAGCUACUUGAGAAAGCCAAGUCAAGGAUACCUGAGUUAAAGAAUACUCUAGUACUGGUCGAUGAUAUGUCAAGGAGGCUUAARGAAUGUCAUCAAGCACUGGCAAGGGAUAUUCAUAGUAACACUGAAGUACGAAUCAAGGCUUUGUUAGAUGCUGAACAAAACCUGUUGAGACAACUGGCUAGUGUUAAUAUAUCGAAACAAAAGGUUCUUGGUCUCCAAAAGGACAGCAUUGAACUGGAAAUCGGUAAACUAACUGGAUGCUGUGAUUUUGCUGACAAUGUCAUGAAGUUUGGCAAUGAAGUUGAGAUACUUCAGAUGAAAGGAAGACUUGAAACACUCAAUGAUCUUAGCAAGAUAAAACUAGACCCCGAAGAAGAUGACACAGUUCAAUAUAUCUGCGAUAACAAUUCAAUCAAAGCAGUAGUCGACUCGGUUGGUAGAAUACACGCAUCAAGUACCUUCGCGUCGAUAUCGUUCGCAAGUGGAGAGGGCAUCCAUACCGCACGAGUCAAAGUCGAAGCACACUUCAAGCUCCAUACAAAGGACAGACGAGGAGCUCGUAGUUUUGGAGGAGAUAGGGUAUUUGUUCAGAUCACUCAGCCCGAUGGCAGCGAGCUGCCGGUUAGAAUCGAAGACAAAGGUGAUGGUACAUACUUCGUGUAUUACACGCCACAAGUGAAUGGUCACCAUCAAGCUACAGUAACAAUACAAGAAAAACCCAUCAUGGAUAGUCCUUUUACCAUCUUGGUGGUCAACAGACGCGAAUAUAAGGAGAUUGGCCCCACUCUCAUGAAGUUUGGUCAAUAUGGAAGUAAAAAGAGAGAAUUCAAGUCACCUUUCGGAGUCGCUGUCGAUCAAGAAGGACGAAUCUACGUCGCAGAUAGCUACAACCAUCGCAUCCAAGUCAUCGGCACAAGGGGUGAAUUCGUGACGUCAUUUGGUAGUCAUGGCGACCGCAAAAGUGAGUUCAACUGUCCCACUGACGUCACAAUCGACCACAGAGGGAGGAUCAUUGUUUGCGACAACGGCAACAAUAGAAUUCAGGUUCUCAACAAAAAUGGUGGAUUUAUUGGAAAAUUCGGCCGKGAGGGGGUCGGCAAUGGGUACUUUAAAUCCCCCUGGGGCGUGGCCGUUACACGACGCAAUGAGAUCCUCGUCGCAGACAUGGAAAAUAAUCGAAUCCAGAUGUUUACCCCAGAUGGCAAGUUCAUGUUUAAGUUUGGAAGCGCCGGAGACCGUCCUGGCCAGUUUAGUUCGCCUUGCUACCUUCUAUUAAACAAUGAUGAUGACCAGAUCUUCGUCUCUGACUCCAAGAAUCACAGAAUUCAAGUUUUUGACACAAACGGGAAAUAUGUACAACAUUUCGGUACCCAGGGCAAUGGAGAGGGUCAGUUUACCCAUCCCAGGGGUAUAGCUAUGGAUAUAGCAGGGAAUGUCAUAGUUGCAGACAUGGGAAACCAUCGUCUUCAGAUACUAGACCCUAAAGGACAAUUUGUAAAAGAAGUAGGAACAGAGGGUAAUGGCGACGGGCAGCUAUCUUUUCCUGAGAGCGUUGCAAUUAUGCCUAACAGUGGGUAUAUCGUCGUCUCUGAUCUCAGCAAUAACCGUAUUCAUGUGUUUUAAGACUACUGCUUUUUGUGGAUUCGGUGCUGGUCGCGCUUUGCGCUCCUCCAAAGAUGUCCUUAGAUGUCAGACAUUCAGUCAAAAUGGAGUAAUUCCAAAAGAGUUAUAUAUUCAGACGUUUAGUGAAAGGGAAUCUAGUAAAAGAUCACUCAGCUGAAACAGAAACACUGUUUUAAAAGUGCUGCGAGCCAGGGAACAAAGAAUUUGAAAUGGAGCAAAUUCUGGGAAAUUGUUGGCGUAACGCAGCUACAGUAAAGACAUUUGGUAGCCGUUGGUUUCUGAGGAUAAUACGCUCCUUGCGCAACAACAGAUGAUUUCCGAGAUAUGCGUGCGUGAAUCCAUGCAUCUCUGAAGUCAUAAUCUUAGCUAAAUAGUUGUCGUCAUAUGUUGUAUAUAAAUUAUUUUACUUAAUUAAUAUUCUAUAAGUUAUUCUUAUAUCAUAAAAAACUUAGACUAAAUUAUUAUUAAUGGMAUGGAAAAAUCAAGUUUAUCAGAUUUGUACCCAGUCCCCACCAAACAACUUGUUUUUCGCAAAGAUUGAUGGGAAGGUAUUAG